AUGCACACACAGAUGCAGUUGGUGUGCGUCUUCACCAACACAUUUGCAUGCCGUAGAUAUUAUAACGCCACCCCGCUGUUCGCCUCGGAAAACGCCUCCAGUGAAGUGUGGAGCGCGGGCGGCGGGGGUGGGUCAACAGCAUGCGGUAGCAGCGGCAUGGACUUGAAACACGAGGUGGCUUAUCGCGGGCUGACAGGCCAGGUGAAGGCAGAGCCUGGCGUCAGCCACAACGGGCACCCGAUCAACGGCCACGUGAGGGACUGGAUGGCUGGUGGUGGGGGGUCUCCGUCUCCCGGCGCGGCCCAGCCGCAGCCCAAUGGAUAUUCCUCCCCACUAUCGUCGAGCAGCUAUGGACCCUAUAGUCCAAAUGGAAAAAUUGAGCCUUCAGACCGAAGGUCUCAGACCCCCAGUGGUUACACGUGGCUCAUGCAGAAUGAGGACUGGUACUUGUCAAGGAUUGUAAUGGAAUAUCCUUCAGUUCUAUAA